UCUUGUUUUGGUGGACUGAUGGCGACGAACCUGCCGUCUAGGGCGUGGUUCUUUGCUGGCGUAGCAAUGCUGUGCACAAUUCGGAUUGGUGUGAUGGCGCUUCGGCCGCUGGGUCGUCAUUCUACGAGGAAACGCACCUUGAGUGCUACUACUGGAUCGCAAUCUUCUUCAGCCCCGCCUGAUCUGGCCAACCUUCGCGAGCACUACGUCUCCACGGGGAUCGACAGGGCGACAUUGCCCAGCGAACCGCACAUUCUCAUGGUCAAGUGGGUGGAGGAGGCUUGCCGUUGCAAGGAGGUGAUCGAGCCAAACGCCAUGUGCUUGGCAACGGUGGGGGAAGGGGGGAAGCCAUCGGCUAGAUUCGUGCUCAUGAAAGGCUAUGACGAGAGAGGCGUCACGUGGUACACCAACUACAACAGCCGCAAGUCGCAGGAGCUGAAAGCGUUCCCCCACGCGGCUAUCACUUUCUGGUGGGGGGCACUGCACCGCUCGGUCCGGUUUGAGGGCGAGGUUGCCAUGGUGAGCGAGGAGGAGAGCGACACGUACUUCAAUUGCCGUCCCACCGGAAGUAAGAUCGGAGCCUGGGUAUCGGACCAAAGCGAGCCCAUUGCAUCACGGGAGGAGAUGACAUUGAAGGCGAAAGAAGUGGAGGACGCGUUUGCCUCGGAGGGAGACAACAUUCCACGACCCCCUCACUGGGGCGGCUUCCGGCUUAAACCGUCUCGUGUGGAGUUCUGGGAGGGACAGCCCUCUCGCCUGCACGACCGCUUCAUGUACUCCCUUGCGUCGGACGACGCAGACGGAGCGGGGGGCGAGGAUGCCAAGGCAAUGCCGUGGACGAUCACACGGCUGCAGCCUUGAAGGAGUGGCUCCACUUGCCUUGUGCCUAGCCGGGAAUUGAGGCACGUGUGUAUCGUUGCAUGUCUAUUGGGCUGACGUGAGUUCAUGUCCGUGAGAGCCUGAUGGAAGCGUCCGAAUUUACGAACGUGACUGAUGUUCUUCACGCGAUAGUGUGCCCAUGGAACCCGUUGGAUAUACCUAAGAAGCCCAGCAGCUGGGAGGACUAGUCGAAUGGAGCGGUAUGUGGUAGACGUGCACGGUUUCAGAAAGCUCUCAGUCCUCUGUACCAUAUGAAGGUCUUCAAAUAACGAGUUCGGAGUGAAACCGCACCUGCUAGUUCUCAUUGCCAGAACUACCUACCGUGUUGAGUUGUGCUAAGUAUGGGUCUUAUCUUUUCCCUCGUGACAAGUGGAGGAAACCGCGUGCGAUCAGCGUGGCAUAUCGAUUUUGUUCUCGCACCUCUGUUGGCAAAGGCUUCCAUGUGUGGGGGGCUCGCGUGGGUAGACAAAAGAAUAGUGUGGUGUCGUUGACCUGGCGACAGUAGCUCUAUUAAAUGACGGGAGAAUUCAAUCCACGAUGAUUGUACCGCCUUCUAUUAGGCAUAUUCUUGGGUGGGUUUACGGAGGUCCCAGAGGGGUGGAUCUCAGAGAUGCUCUCACUCUGUUGCCGUGUAUUGCGGCUCGUGGUGGGCAAACCUCUUUUUUGUUUGUGUGUGUGGUCCUCGCUGGUGCAUGAUGUGCAGAUGCAUUGGUCCUAAUUUUUUCCUCAGCACGUAUUGUGCCAACCGGCUAUGACUAAUAACGAGGGCCAAGUCUCAGCGGCGAGUAAUGGACAAAAUAUGCUCCAUUCCGUGUAGAUGAGUACGUGAGUCUCCCUUCUCCAUACCCUUCCCGAUCAUCUCGGAAGCCAAGUUUUGGUUGGAAAAUAAUAUGUCGCAGAGGUAACCAGCCUC